AUGGCGGCUUUUGCGCCAGGCAGAAUUCCGCUUCCGCCGGGUCUGGAGGAUGAGAAGCAAGGCGCGAUAAAGCCGGCUAGCAAGGCCGCCGCACGGUCGCAACACAAGGCCAAGGAGGAUCCCUGGGACGCAGGUGACCCGUGGUCCAAGAAGGGCGAGUCAGGAAGCUAUGCUGGCAGCGACCCAUGGGAUGCAGGUGACCCGUGGAGCAAGUCUGCAGGAGGAGAUGGCUACAUCAAGUCGAACACCAGAAGCUUGAAUGGCUCAAGGAUGCUGAAUUCUGCCAUGCAGCAGAUCCGCGAGCAGCCAGCUCCUGCUCCGGCUCCAGGCAAGAGCAAUGGCAGCACCAAAUCCGUCGAAGAACAAGAGCUCGCUGGGAAAGAGGACAACCGGUUGGAGGGUGAGGCCACCGCAAAGAUCGUCGUCCAGCUAGAGGAUGGUUCUACCGACGCCACCCCGAUGACUUGCUGGGAUGACUUCAAACUGUCCAAGGAGAUCAUGGACGGUAUCUUCGAGAUGGGCUUUACCAAGCCAUCGAAGAUUCAGGGUCUGGCCUUGCCAAUUGCGAUGAAGGGUCGGAACAUCAUUGGGCAGGCCCGCAAUGGCAGUGGAAAAACCGCAGCUUUUGCCUUGGCGAUGCUGGCAAACGUUGACGUCAACAAGAGAGCCCCGCAGGGUCUCUGCGUGUGCCCCACGCGAGAGUUGACAAUGCAGAACCACGCCGUGAUCCAGCGGCUUGGCAAAUUCACAGGUCUGGAGUUCUUCCUGGCUGUGCCGCAGGAGCAGCGCGCUCCGCGCAGCGUCUGGGCUCUCAGGGGCGCAGAUGCCGGGCAGCUGCUCAAUGGCCGUGGCAUGGCAACGCCGGACAAAUCUCUGAGUCUGAGCAACGCGAACGGCCACAUCAGCAGACAGGUGCAAGAACUCCGGGAGAAGCUCUCGGCAAGGCUAUCUUUGCAAGCUCAGGAGGGCCCCCAACGGGCAAGUUCACGGCGCCUUGCACGGUCAAGGAAGGCUGGCAUGGCUGGCUCGACGCUUCGCGAGAGCCUUCAAGCCUCUCCUUCCACAAAGGCCACGGUCACGGCGACCUCUCCCGCCGAGACGAAGCGGUCCACGGCGGCCUCGUCUUGCGAGCGGCCCUUGUCGCCACGAUACGAAGGACAGCCAAUGACGGAGGGCAUCGCAGUGUGGCGAGAAACGCAGGCCUUGAACGAAAGCCUCGGGGCUUCGGCCGAAGCCCAUCGGCCUUUGAGGUCCUUUCCUGCCCAUUCUAUUCGCGGUCCCCCGGUCACGGCCGUUUCCAGCCCCACGAGGGCGAGUCCCAGAAGGCAGCUGCCCACAGUCGCCGAUGGCCUGGAGCCCGUGACGCAGCCCUUGGCCCAGCAGAUGCCACCAUGGGCAAGUACCUUAGGGGUUUAUCCUGGGCCUUUGCCGCAUAGCCCCUCAGCAUCGCAGCCGUCCCAGCCCGUGCUGCCUCCCUUCGCAGAAGCAGCCAUGAGUCGCUUGACUUGGUUGCAGGCAGAAAAGGAAGCUCUCGAGGGCUGGCUCAGCAACGCCGGUUAUUUGUCAGUCAGCGAAGACAGCCAGGUCACGAGCUCUCCUAGGCCCCAGGCGGCCCAAGCAGCCCAGGAGCCCACAGCCCCACAUGCGAGGCAUCAUAUGGAAGGCGUGGGGAGGCCGUCCUCGGAAGAGCGACACCCGAUGGAGCCGGAGCGAUGGGUCAAUGGUCCUGGCUUUGCCACUGGACAUACGCCCUCGUCAUCUUUGGAGGAUGGAAGCCCGAGUACUCCCAGCAGUGCAAGAAGGAAGUCUUCGAUGCACCAGACGAGCUACAAUACUUUGACUGCGGAGCGAGCAGCUGCGCAGGCGAAGCUCGAAGAUGACAUCAGGGCACUAGGGCUCGAAAGCUCCACGCUCCCACACAGUGAGAGCAAGGUGAUGGACAACCUGGCCAUCGAGCAUCGCGACAACGCUGCCACGGCAUCCUUCGGAGUGCCGAGGAAUAGUGCGCCUGCGACUGCGUUGGCUGCUCUCCGUGCAGAGGCGCUUGCACAACCUCGGCAGACCUCCUCAUGGACUGCUGCGGACAGCACUGUGCAGAUGCUGCCACAGGAGCCAAGGGUCACGACGUCGAUUCGGCAUCAGGCCUCUUCAGAUGCAUCGCCUGAGGUGCUGCCAAGGCCUUGUCGCUCCCACUCGGCUUCGACGAGGGUGGCGACGCAGCAGCUGGGUGAGGCAAGCGCACCGCUGAGCAGCUUCAGGUCUUCGCUCCCUGUAUCUGGCACUGGCAUGCCCAUGCGGUCGGAGGCGUUGAGCUCGCAAGCCUUCAGACGGCGCACCGAGGCAUCGCCGUCGCGCGAAGUGGCCAUCUCCGAUCUGAAGGUCGCGAGGUCAGAUCGCUCCCACUCGGCUUCGACGAGGGUGGCGAUGCAGCAGCUGGGUGAGGCAAGCGCACCGCUGAGCAGCUUCAGGUCUUCGCUCCCUGUAUCUGGCACUGACAUGCCCAUGCGGUCGGAGGCGUUGAGCUCGCAAGCCUUCAGACGGCGCACCGAGGCAUCGCCGUCGCGCGAAGUGGCCAUCUCCGAUCUGAAGGUCGCGAGGUCAGAUCGCUCCCACUCGGCUUCGACGAGGGUGGCGACGCAGCAGCUGGGUGAGGCAAGCGCACCGCUGAGCAGCUUCAGGUCUUCGCUCCCUGUAUCUGGCACUGACAUGCCCAUGCGGUCGGAGGCGUUGAGCUCGCAAGCCUUCAGACGGCGCACCGAGGCGAGUGGAGUUCCCAAGAAUAACGAGGUCCUUACAAACGUGCUCCAUCUGCCUGAUGCUGGGGAUUUGGUCGCACGGUCGAGGACUCAGAGCAGCUCGCCUUCCUGGGCCCAGGAACCCCGGAGUGCAGGGCACUCCAGCAGUCCAAGCAGGAUGGCGAGAGCAGCCACCUCGGCGAGCCUGACGCCUCCAGCGUCUCAGGAGGGCAGCCUGCGAAGUGGUCCGAGGCACAGCAGCCCAUCACAGCUGGGAUCGCGACCCCUCUACGAGGAGGUGGCAUCGCAAAGUGCAAGCACCGGAAGUGCUGGUUUCAGGGCAAAGGCCCCCAGCUUCUCUUGGCCCGGAACGGACGCCGCCGCGUUUCUGACCGAGGAGCUUCCUGCCAGCGUGACGCAGAGGAGCUCGAUCCCGGCAGGAGCCGCCCGUGCGCGAGCAGGCACGGAGGCUGUUUCUUCGCCCUCCAGGCGGAGGAGUCCGGGCACGCGCACAGCCGCGGAUUCUGCAGAAGCCCUGGAAGACGGCAGUCUGCAUGCCAGAGCUCGGGCCGCCACAGAAGCGGCCACAGCAUUCUUGGAUGGGAGGACUGGCCUGCAGGGUGCCGUCUCCUCCAGCUCAAGGCAGAGCAGCCCUUCCUGGGCAAAGGAUGCCGGCCACGUUGCAUUCGGUCAGAAGGCAGCGACGGUGAUCGCAGCUGCCGCGGAAAGCGAACAGGACGAGGAGGAGCAGGAGGAGGAUGAUGAGGAGUACGACAGCCAAGGCAGCGAGAGCAGCGCCAGCUUGUCACCAGAGGAGGAAGCAGCCCAGAGGCAGCAGCUUGAGCGGGAUCUCCAGGAGCUCCAAGCACGGCUCCCCUCGCAACGAGCUGCCAGUGCGAAGGUGCGAAGCAUUCGAGUGUCCGAGCCUGUGGACCUGCUGGCGCUUGCCGACCAGGGUGGCGGCUUGGGCCGCUCAGAUGGGCAAGUGGACGUGAGGCCAAUGUGGCGCAGGACCAUGACGGAGCCAGGCCCUGCCACGGAGUGA